AUUUGAUCAAACACUCAUUUCGUCUCUCAGCGAGCGUUGCCUGUCGCCAUGUUCACCAUUCGCGUUGAUAGAGUGAAUGACCUAAGGCUGGCCCUGUUGCCAAUGGCUACCCUCUGCGAUGCUGCUGAUAUCAAAUGCACCAACCGAAAUUUGUCCAUAAUCGUUCUUCCUACUCGCUAUUCCUUCGUUGCAGCGCUUCGAUUGUUGCCUUCAUUCUUCACUUCCUUUCAGUUUCAUCCCGUCGGCGAGUUCAAUGCAUAUCGUGCCAAUUUUUACCUUAAACUCUUUACCACUAAUAUUUCCAAUAUGUACAGCGAUGAUCUUUCCGUUACCCUUCUUCUCAACAGGCACAAUGCCCUCGCCCCCGUCAAAUUUGAGGAUCCUCAUUCUGGAUAUUUGCAAUACUCUGCAUUGUUAUUGGCACGUCCUCACAACGUUGAUAUCAACCCAAUUGAUCUCAGAGUUUUUUUUGCAAUUCGUUCAGCUGAAUUCAUAAACACCCUCUCUGACUUAGUUGUGUUGCCAACUGAGUAUGUCUGUGUUGUUGUAACAAAAACGGGGGCCUUGUUCAAAUCUGCCAGAAGGGAAAUUGUUUUCUCCACAGAGAAAAAUGAAUGCAUAAUGGGGGGUAUUGGAGAAGGAGAUAAAGUUUUGUUCGUGAUGAGUCCGUCUCCUAUGUACUUUUUCUAUCACAUAGCUUACACCACCAACCUUGUUUGGUUCUUCAACACAUCUAAUUCCCGUACUUUAUUGAGUUGCUGUGUGGGCCUACAUGCUUCCUAUAUGGUCUCUUUUACUUGACAUUUUACUCAUUCCAAAUUGCAUUUUACAUAUAUACAAAUUCUGUGAAUACUCCAUUUUAUUUGUUUUUGGGCAUUAAUGAAUUGAUAGUUUUCCAUAUUUUUUUUGAUAAAGGGAAGAUAAUGAAUGAUAUAGCUACUUUUACCUUAAAGUUAAUUUGUAUGGUUGUCUUGUUCAAGAAGUGAUAUACUAUCAAUUAUCAAUAUGUUUUAUUUACUAAGAUUUGCAA